AUGGAAAGCUCGCACCACUACCUGGGCAUGUUUCCCCCAGUCUAUCCAACAGGGCUUGCACCAUACCCACAACCUGUGAUACCAGCGAAACGAGAGGAUGACGACGUCCAAUUCGUAUCUUCCAAUCCCGUCAAGAAGAGAAAGAUCGGUGGCUAUCAGCCGGUCACGCCACAUUCCACCACAGACUCACCGGCGGCGGGGACACCCGCCCCCUUCAACAACCAGCCGUCCGAGCCCGCCAAGCCAGUCUCUCAGCCGGAACGACGGGGAAGCACGGGCAUGGUCGAUCACUCACCCACGGCCCGUUUGCCGGACGUUGACCCGAUGAGAGGAUGCUCCAUGCCGACCCCAGAGAGGGCCUGUCAUUCCGAAUCAUUCUGGACUGCACCGUAUACUGGACCACAGUGCUCACCACCGGUGUCUCCCAAAUCACUUCCCGAACAUAUUCCGCCUUCCAUGCUCGGAAUUGACAAGAAUGAUGGAUCUGCACCUAUGCAAGCAGAGACCGAGAACCACGCUGAGACUACAAAGGAGACACCCACGGCUCCCUCAGUUCCCACAACUCCCAUGCUAGCUGGCACCACUGAUCUGGGCAAGAUUAACUCUAUGCCCGUAUCAGGAGCAGACAGCCCAAUCAUCUCGCAACAAACAGCUGAGUCUGGGCCAACGUUGAACCACUCUAAUGCCGAGACGGAGUCGAAGAAUGCCCUUCGCGAUCUCUUGGAUCAGCAGCUAGACCUCCACAGUUCCAAGAUCAACGACUCCCUCUUCCCCUUCCAUACCCAUACUCACCAAAACACGCAUACAUCAAACGUGUUGACUGCUGAUGUUCAUAACACCGCCCAUGGCACGUCGGAUACCCAAGCCGGGGCCUGCGCUGAUCGCCCUGCGUCAGGAGCAAAGGCGCCAUGCCGUCAGUGUGUGGAGGCAAGGUUGAGGCAACAAGCUGCUGGCAUGGCCGUCAACUCAGGCUUGCCAAACGGCACAAAUGCAUCUACCGCCAGUCAGGCUCCCCUUCCACCAUCGUCUAUGCAGCAACCUUGGACGAACCUCUUGGGACUCAAUCCGUAUCACAACGCGAUGGCCGGAGCCAUCUACAACCCGCUCUUGCAACAAUCCUUGAUGGCUGGACCAGCUGGUCACUUUGCAGUCCAUCCGCAACAACCGCAUCUCGGUACCGGAAUCUCUCCCCAACAGCCGGCGGGGCACAUGUUCCAUCUCGGACCUCCUUCGCCAGUCCCGCAAACACCGCCGUACGUCACGCAACAACCGCUCACCCAACCAUCCAAACCAGCCGUGGGAGCAACCACCUCGAAAACGCAGGCAAACAGAGCCCCCGACACGCAACCGACGACCAAACACAUCAUCGUCGACAUCGCAGACACCUGUCUCAACAUGUUUCCAUUCCAAGAGGUGGCGAAGCGACAUAACCAACCGGAACAGAAGAUACGGGACAUCUUCUCCGCCGUCAUCCAGGUCCCGCUGCUCCGUGGUCCCACGGACAAGAGAAGGGCCGGCAAGCUGGGAACGGUUAGGGUCAAGGAGUUUACGCAGGCGAAGAAGGAGGUGCAGGCGCAGAAGGGGAACGCUGGCCAGCAGCAGAUGAGGCAGGAUUCUCCGAACCAGAACCUGAGUCAGAUGCCGUAUAUGCCUUCGGCGUGGGAUGUUGCGCAGUUCAUGGGCCCGAGCGAUGUGCGGCUUGGGGCGCUGCCGAAGUAUUCGCCGCCUUGGUGA